CAUCUUGCAGUGCAUGGACACAGCGAUACAAAAUCCCACUUAAUGAGAUCAAAUGAUAUCUUUGACCUUUAGGUGUUCAGUUAAAUGUCUAACCUGAUGCCUGCUAUGAUAAAUCAGGUGCUAAUCGAAAGAUAACACUCGCACUCCUCUGUAACUAUAGCCUCCCUUUACUCUUAAUCGUGUAUUUAACUAAUCAAACAGAUUCAUUAGGCCAUAUUCAUGUGUAGAGUUAAUCCAAUCCUGCUCUGUGUUGUUGUUUCCCCCUGUUCGACUUUAAGAGAGCUCUAUGGGCGGUCCUAGUGCGCAGACCAAUGAAUCGCCUUCUCUGUUUAAAUAGUCCUUGGUGUCAACUUUUCUUCUUCACUCACAGCUCCCUCUAACGCCAUGUUGGCUGUUAUGACUUGACUUGUUGUUUUCAUCCGCUUUACUACGGACUUGACAGGAGUGGCUUUCUUAAACCCCCCUGCGCCUUUGGAGACGCUUUAUUCCAUUUUUGCGCGUACGCGUUUUGGAUGAUACGCGCGGAGUAUGCAUGCGUCAUUCCUGUGACUUUGCAUUUGAAAGGAAUACUACUUGGAAAUAGAAGUUUAAAAGGGUUUGGUUGUUGUUUGUGGGGUGUUUUCCCUUGUCAUAUGUGCAACAAAAUGUCAGAUGUUCGCCUUUCUAAUGCGAGCCCGACAUUGGAGAGGGUGGAUGCGAGGCAGCCAGACAACGUCAGACCUCCGGUCAACAGAAACCUCUUCGGCAGACCCGACCCAGAGGAGAUACGGAGGAAUUUGGCGGAAUCGAUACAGGAAAAUGUGCAGGGUUUUAUGGAGGAGUACAAUUUCGAUCCCGUUAACGACAUACCGCUCAGUCCGCGCCGCUUCAAUUGGCAGGAGGACAGCGACGCACCGGAGUUUUAUCACAGACCGCCUCACGGGAGACAGCGGCCCCAGCGAGAUGAGGACUUGCCCGGCGACAACAACCGGCAGGAUGCCGAGGGGAGCAGCGGAAGGCAGUCGGAUCGCCAACCAGACAGAAAGGGUUCGAGGAAAAGACGUUCGGGGGCUAUAGGUCCCUGCUCCAGCGAGUGUCAGAGUAAAAGGCCGCAUACCGACGGAGACGAUGAUGAUGAAGACGAGUCGGACGGUGCAGCAAGUCAGGCGGUAAAAGCCGCGGAGGAGAGACCGAGCAGGCCGGAGAACAGCGCGGAGGUCCAGUGAAAAACAGUGCCAGAGCGGGGAGACCUGUUGCUGGUGGAAUACUGUAGCCUUUCUCAUCACCUGACAGAUGGGAGAGAAAAUAUAAAAGCAGCCUUUUCCUAAAGAAGGGAGGAGGAGAGGCUGCACAAGCACUGAAUAUGUACACUAUCAAGUUUUGGCACUCAUUUCAAUUAAAUUGCCUCAGAAGCAGCAGACAAUGUAGCAGUGUGCAAAUGGAUUUUUGCUCAUUUUUUUUAUCUACUACCUAUGUUUCAGAUGUAGCACAUAAAAAAAGCAUAUUAUGCUUUUCAUACCUUUGUUAAAUGUAUUUGAAUAAGUGUGUGAAUUUGACUCGGGAGUUGCAGUGCAAUUUCCAACAGAGAAAUAUUAUUUUGUUAAAGUGGUCAUAUUGUAUAAUUAUUCAGGUAAUUGAUGUAAGUUAAAAAUGCAGAUUUCCAAAAGUCAGGGUUAUGUGGAAACAAAAUGUCUUCUUUUUCUAUGGCUUUAUUUGCCCCAGUAUUAUAUAUCUUGUGUCUUGGGUCCAUCUAACUGGGAACAGCCAUGACAGAUAAAGUUUACAUGCAAAUAAUGUCUCCUUAUCCCCCCCCCCUUUUUUUAAGGGGUUUGUGCCUUUUGUUCUGGGGGUGAGUGGUGGGGUGGGAGGGCGGCUAAACUGCUGAGCAAUAUCCAACCAAAUUAUAACAGUAUUUGCUAACAAUCCUAAGAAUUAGCUGGUAUUUUUUAAAUUAGGUGAGUUAAUAUUUUAGUGGCUUUUAGGUCACAUAUCCUGCCCCUUGUAAUAAGUGGUGUAGUCCAGGUUAACAGUGAUAAAAUAUGUUAAAAUCACUGGGCUGCUUAUGCAUAUAUGUGAAUCAAAGAUUUGUCUUUGUGGUGUGGAAUUCAUGUAGAACAUGUAAUUGCACUAUUGUUAAUUUCUCAUUUUUUAAGGCAGAAAAACAAAGUGACACUGCCUCAUUUGGUGUAAAACUUUGAAGUGUACCUGUGUGCCUUUUUUUUGGAAAAACACUGAAAAAAUUAUACUAACUUAUUUAUGUUGAGCUUUUUGUUGUGGGUGUAUGUAAAGCUUCCCAAAGCGACAUUUUUUUGUAAAUAUAUAUUUUCAUUAUUGUUUUAAGAUAAAUAAACUGUUGCAAAACUGA